AUGUGUGAAGCUAGUUUCCAAGAACUGAAGCUGAAGUUGACGAGCGCUCUAGUUUUGGUCAUUCCUGACAUGACCAAACCAUUUGAAGUCUACUGUGACGCUUCUCAUCAAGGUUUAGGCUGUGUGCUCAUGCAAGAGAAGAGGGCAGUCGCGUACGCUUCUCGGCAGCUGAAGAUCCAUGAGAAGAACUAUCCUACACACGACUUGGAAUUGGCAGCGGUCGUCUUUGCAUUGAAGAUUUGGAGGCACUAUUUGUAUGGAUCUACAUUCCAAGUCUUCAGGAAGGCGAAUGUUGUAGCGGACACUUUAAGUAGGAAGGUAGUUCAUGUCUCGGCAAUGAUGGUCAAAGAGCUGAGUUUGGUGGAAAACUUUAGAGACUUAAGGUUGCAGUUCGAUUUAACACCGAACAGUAUUAGAUGCUGCAACCUUAGAGUAUCCAGUGAUAUCUUUGACCAUAUCAGAGAGAAGCAGUCAGUGGAUGAAGACUUAGUGAAGAUCUUGAGCGCGCUCGGUUUAGACAAAGCAAAGUAUUUUUACACUGGAACGGACAGUCUCCUACGCUACAGAGAUAGGACGAAGUCUUUCUGGUGGCCGGGAAUGAAGAGUGACGUCGCUCGUUUUGUGGCAUCAUGUUUAACUUGUCAACGAGCCAAGGCAGAGCAUCAGAGACCGGGCGGUCUACUACAACAGUUGGAGAUUCCUGAAUGGAAGUGGGAUAGCAUCACGACUCCAUCUGGGUGA